CCACUUUCUCUACGCAUGGACGACCUAAACAGGCCUUUGCUUUCGGAGGACGGAGUUGAUCCAGAUGCGCUAUUUGGUGGGAGGCUGGCUCGCAAACAAUUGGAACAACAACUGGUUCGCAAACUCGAUAAACGCUGUGCUAUCUUAGUCGCAAUUUAUGUCCUCAACUACAUUGACAGGAAUAAUGCCAGCGCCGCGAGAUUGCAUGGCUUCGAGCAAGACCUCGGUUUAACGGAUACACAAUUCUCUCAAGUCCUAGCGGUGCUCUAUGCUGGCUACCUAUUGAUGCAAAUACCCUCAAACAUGUUUCUCAACUACAUCGGGAGACCAUCUAUCUACUUACCAGGCUGCAUGGUCCUUUGGGGCACUUUGUCUGCGCUGACAGGUUUUGCUACAAACUUUGCUAGCGUGAUGUGGACCAGAUUCUUCAUUGGAAUUACUGAGGCCGCAUUUUUUCCGUGCGUCGCUACCAACGCAUUGAUGGUUGGGGGCUCUAACACGAUACAGUGGGGCAUUGGUGAAUUGAGCUCGGGCACGUUCGCAACAAUGUCUAACCAACUACGAGUUCCUGAUUUCGAAGUGGUAUACCCGCAAGGACCCUUCUGUCAUGCGGGUCGCUCAUUAGCAAUGCGUUUGGAGUGGGUUUCGUUCUCUGAGUUUGGAGCCGUUUCCGACCCCCCCGCUUUCAAGUCUUUGAUAGCGUCGGGUAUCCUUGAUGUUAUGGACGGUCGGAUAGGCUAUGCAGCUUGGAGAUGGCUUUUCUUCAUAGAGGGCGGCAUGACCGUGGCAGUCGCUAUAUUGGCCAUGUUCAUAUUACCAGACUUUCCGGAAAAUUCCUCCAAUUGGCUAUCUGUGCCAGAACAGACACUGGCCCAGCGCCGAAUGGUAGAGGAUUCCGGAGAGUCGAAACUUGGAUCAGAGUCUGUGAUCGGUGGUUUAACGAUGGCCAUUUGGGAUUGGCAAGUUUGGUGGCUCGCCCUUGCACUUACUUUUGUAGUUUUGUCUCUUAGUUUCAACGCAUAUUUCCCUACACUUGCGGAGACAAUGGGCUACGGCAAAACACUCACAUUACUGCUUUGCGCGCCACCGUGGUUCGUAGCGACAAUCGUUGGAUUCGCCGUGUCCCGGCACUCUGAUCGAGUUGGAGAGCGGUUCUGGCAUAUAACAUGUCCGUUCCUUAUAGGAAUGGUCGGUUUCCUCCUGGCCAUGUCCACCAUGCAACCCACUAUUCGUUAUAUCUCAUUGUUCUUUAUGGCCAGUUCCUAUGCUGGCUUCAUUGUCUAUCUGUCGUGGAUUUCCGGCACGAUCCGGCCCGCGUCAAAGCGCGCAGUCGCGCUCGCUCUCAUCAACAUGAUCUCCUCCCUUGGAAAUGUUUUUGGGUCUUUCAUCUUCCCAUCCUCCUGGGGUCCGAGCUAUCGCACAAGCUAUUCCAUUUGCAUGUGUGCCAGUUCCGUCGGAAUUCUACUUUCUUUUGUCUUCCGACAGCACUUGGCGUCUCUCAAUGCAAAGCAGGUCAGAAGAGAGUUGGAGGAGGACGAGCCCCAAGGCUAUAGAUAUCUUUUGUAA